AUGGCUGGCGGUGCGAAGAAGGCCACAAAGAAAUUUCAAAAGAAUCAUCUGAAAGAUACACUCGACAAUCGCAAAGAAUUUGCCAAAACCAAGCAACGACAACAGCUCAAGGCCAAAAAAAAGGCGAGGCAUGCGAUUGAGAAUGGAAAACGACUUGGCAACGUGGGGGAACUGCAUGAAAUUAAGGAGGGGGCCAAUGGCGUUGCAAAAGACCUGAGCAAAAUGAGUGUGGAUGAAUUCUUUCAAGGCGGAUUUGAAGUUCCUGAAACGAAGAAGGGUAAGGCAAGAUCCACACGAUUAGCGACUGGGAAAAGAAAACGUGGGAUGGACGGAACAGAGAUGCAUCAAGAUAAUGAUGGGUCUGGAAACGAACAGUCGAGUGCUUCGGACGCCUCGAACGCAGCGCUAGACUCCCAUAAGCAAGAUCUUGAGGCGCUGGCAGAGAAAGAUCCUGAGUUCUAUGAGUUCUUGAAGCAAAACGACUCGGAGCUCCUAGAUUUUGAAAACGAUGGCAAAUUGCUUGAGUUAAGCGAGGAUGAAGAGGGGGAUGAGCAGAAUAAGAAAAUCAAGAAGUCCAAUGAGCCAACGCCUUUGAGCAAAGAUACAGUCGAGAGGUGGAGGACAGCCAUGAAUGAACAAAACUCACUUAAUGCUAUGCGCCAGAUUGUCCUUGCUUUCAGAGCCGCAGCUUUCAUUAAUUCUGACGACGGACAAAAGCGACGAUACACAAUUCCAAACUCGGAAGUCUAUCACGAUGUGUUGAUCACCGCCUUGCAGCAUGUUCCUUCUGUCGUGAAUCACCACAUAGCGCCAAAAGAGACCGUCGCAGGUAGAAUACGAGUCGCUACUGACUCGAAGAAAUUCCGUACCCUCACGCCUUUCUUGAAUUCCUUUUCAGCAACGAUUCUACACCUGCUCUCCAAUCUGUCCGACGCUCCAACAAUCAGACUCACACUUUCAUCUCUCAUACCAUUGUUGCCAUGCCUCCUCUCAUUCAAGAAGAUACUAAAGACACUCAUCAAGACAGUCGUCAAUAUCUAUGCCUCUUCUAAAUCUAAAGAUGAGGCAACUCUUGUCACGGCUUUCUUGCUCCUUCACCGCCUGGCCGUGGUCUCUGACCCUUCUAUACGAGAAUCCGUCCUUAAGGAGACAUAUCAGGGCCUCGUCAAAGGUUCUCGAGUCACGAAUGCUCAUACUUUACCUUCGAUAAACCUUAUGAAAAAUAGCUGCGUUGGGCUAUGGGGCGUUGACCUGAAUCUUGGCUACACAACUGGCUUCUCCUUCAUCCGCCAACUCGCAAUCCACCUUCGCAGCAGCAUCGCCCAACCAACAAAGGACAGUUACAAAAAAAUCUACAAUUGGCAAUACAUUCACAGUCUCGACUUCUGGUCCCGGAUUCUCAGCACGCACUGCAACGUUGCCGUCAACACCAUCAUCAAAAAAUCCUCCGACUCUCCACUUCACCCACUCAUCUACCCACUUGUCCAGGUUACUCUGGGUACUCUUCGUCUUAUACCAACACCGAUCUACUUCCCUCUCCGCUUCCACCUCACGCGGUCUCUGCUCAGGCUUUCCCGGGCAACCACAACCUACAUCCCUAUGGCGCCCUCCCUCCUCGAAGUCCUGCAAUCACCAGAACUUUCUAAACCACCCCACCCGUCGACCCUUGCUCCACUUGACUUCACCACUACUAUUCGAGCACCAAAAUCCUACCUCCGCACCCGUACGUACCAAGAUGGCGUCGGACAGCAGUGCAUGGAACUCCUUGCCGAAUUCUUCGGCUGCUGGGCUAAAAGCAUAGCGUUUCCGGAACUCAUCAUUCCACCCACCGUGAUGCUGAAACGUUGGCUCAAGACUGCAUCCGCUUCUACCACCCCUCUCGCAAACGGAAGAAGCCACCUCGCGAAUGGUAAAAGCCGUAAAGUCAGUGGAAAGAGCUCCGUUGCGAGCGGUAACAAGAAUCAGAAAUUCAACGCCUCGAUCUCUUUGCUUCUUGACAAAAUGAACCAGAAUGCAGCCUUCAUCGAGAAGUAUCGUAAGAACGUUUCGUUUGGGCCAGGGAAUAGAGACCAAGUCGACGACUUCUUGAGGGAUGUCGCAUUGGAGGACACUCCAAUGGGGGCUUUUGUGGACGGAUUGAGGGCGCGAAGAGAGGAGAAAGAGAAGCUUUUGGAAAGAGGAAGGAGGGAGGAGGACCAAAAACGAGAGGAAGAGAAAGACGAGAGGGAAAGGGAGAGAAGUGGGAAGAUGGAUGUUGAUGAUGAUGACGAGGAAGCAGAGGAGGAAGGUGAAGGGGAAGAGGUUGAAGAGGAGAUAGAUGGGGAGAUGGAGAUAGAGAGUGAAGACGACUAA